AACUCAACUAAUUCCAAAAUUUCAGACUUAUUUCUGAAAAUUGAAAUCGGAUUAAGUAUCAAUUGAUUUUGGCACAGUGAAAAGUUUAAACCCUGGUUAUACCCGCAACCAAUCCACCACCACCACCACCACCCCCAACAUCCUCUGCGAGUGAGAAGGAGAGAGAUGAACUGCAAAUGGAGUCUACUACAGCUAUGGCAAACACCACCGUCUUCUCUGCUCUUCCGCCGCUGCAAUUUUUCCAAACCUAUGAAUUCUGUUUCUCCAAAAAUUAUGCGGCCAAGUGUCUGCUUCUGUAAGCAGAUGCAGACUACUGCAUACGAAGUUGUCAAUGGCAGCUACGUACCAAUACGUGACACCAAACAGCCAAUCAAUGUUAAUGUUAAGGACGAAGUGCCUGUGGCCGUGCCGGCGCCUCUCGAAGGUGUAGGUGCGUUUCAAAAGCUUCCCAUGGUGAUGCCGUCGGUCGACAUAUUAUUUUCAGCGUUGAAGAAGGCAAGGAGGGUCUCAGCUACAAAGGGUAUCGCUAAUAUUGCGAAACGUGAAAGAAAUAGAGGUGCUAAACAGCUCGACGCUUUGAUGAAGGAACUUGCAGUUCCGUUGAGGAUGUACAAGGAGAACUUCCCCAAUAAAAAAACUUUGCAUCCUUACGAAAGAUCUCUAAUUGAGUUGACUCUUGGCGACGGUAACUACGAGGAGGUGUUGCGUAGGGUUGAUACUUUGCGGAAGAGAGUGGUUUCAGUAGGAAAAGAACAUGCCUCUCUCUGUGCUAAGUCACUCACAAAGCGUGAAGCUGAGGAGCGAUUAGAUGAGGGAAGGAAGAAAAUUGAAGAAAUUUUUAAUUCUGAAGGAAAAGCUGUAGAUGAACUAAUGCAUAUUGCCAAGACUUUGCGGGCAAUGCCAGUAGUCGAUUUGGAAACACCCACUCUCUGUCUUGUCGGGGCUCCUAAUGUAGGAAAGUCGUCUUUGGUCCGUCUUCUAUCAACAGGAAAGCCUGAGAUCUGCAAUUAUCCAUUCACAACGCGAGGAAUUCUGAUGGGACAUAUUAACUUGAGCUUCCAGAAUUUUCAGGUCACGGAUACACCUGGUCUGUUAAGGAGACAUGAUGAGGAUAGGAAUAAUUUAGAAAAAUUGACACUUGCUGUACUCUCCCAUUUGCCAACUGCUGUACUCUAUGUUCACGACCUCACCGGAGAAUGCGGCACCUCACCUUCUGAUCAGUAUAUCAUUUACAAGGAAAUAAAAGAAAGAUUUGGCGACCAUCUUUGGCUUGAUGUUGUGUCGAAAGGCGACCUGCUAACCGAUACUCCAGUACUCUUCAUCACCGAAGAUAGCAACUCUGAUACUUCUGAGCUGGCAAAAUAUCGAAGAGUGGGACCCGAUGGAGCACUACGUGUAUCUGUCAUGACUAAAAUGGGUAUUGAUGAGUUGAAGACUAGAGUGCAUGAACUACUAAUUACUCAGUUGUCGAUAAUAAAAGACGGCUCAACUGAAGAAGUAGAAGAAAAAGUCGUAGUACCGAAAAAACAGUUCCAUUAAUGGAUACGAGUAAAUUAUUAUUCAGGAUCUUAAGUAUGGCGAUACGAAGGCUAAAUAAACGAGAGAAAUAGGUGGAUGAAAACUCCGAUGAAUAUAUAUUAUGGUUCCUGUGUAACGGUUUUCCUUGAUUUAACAUGGCUGAGUAAUCCGAGGCAGAUUAUACGACUGUAAUUUUUUGCUACAAACUAAUGGAUUGUCUUCAAUUUGCAAGUGAAUGUAUAGAGUGUUUUUUUUU